AUGCGCGACGACGACGAGAAAGACGACGUAAGCGAUGCGAAACUAAAAUCAAAGAAGAACAAAAUGUUACUCCAUCGCGUCGGUUCCGGUUUACUUGACGUCGCGACGACCACGAGCGGUUUAACCGCCUCGGCUGUUUCCACGCUCGUUCCAAAUCCCGGCGGUGCCAUCGACGUGCUCGUCGUUGAAAAUCGCUCGACGAAGUCGUUGCGGUGCACGCCAUUUUUCGUUCGAUUCGGAAACGCGAAAUCAUUCUUCAGCAAGAAACUUUUGAGCGCAGAUGCGACGUACGUGAGUUUCCACGUGAACGGUAAAGCGUUCGAACAGUUUCGGAUGAAAUUGAGCCGAAACGGCACGUGCCAGUUCGCGCACGAAAACUGCGCACAGGAUGCCUUGUUUUUCGACGGGUGGGACGAGACGACGAAAACGGUCGAGACGACGGCAUCGACAUCGAUGGUGAAAACGAGAAUGGACGGCGAGAAUGCAAACGCGAACGGGAAUUACGGUAGUUUAUUAAACGAGACGGAAAGCAUCGCGAUCGAGGAAGCCGAAGAGGCUGGGAGAAGCUCCGAGGACGACGAAGAAGAGGACGGAGAAGAAGAGGAAGCGCCAAAGGCGCCUUUAACUUCUUCGGAAGCCACGACGACGAAGACAACAACGACAACAACGGCGAAUGCGGCGUCUUCUGGAAAAUACACGAGAGCAAAGAAGUGGCUGAAAACGAAAGUUGGAGGAUUGAGCGGGAAUCAUAGUAGUGGAGGUAGUAAACAUAGUAAUAGCGCUGAUAAGAAUAAUAAUAACAACAACAACAACAACGGGAAGGAGAAGAAGGAGGCGAAAGCGGCGAAACCUCCUCGAAAACGGAGGAACACCCGCUUGACAUCGGAGGAACUUAAGAUGCUAGAUUUAAAGCCAGGGUUAAAUACGGUCACGUAUUCGUACAAAUCGAGAGUUUUCGGGACGCAAACUUUAGAAUGUAACUUGUUUUUGUGGGACUCCGGGGAUAAAGUGGUCGUUUCAGAUAUCGACGGAACCAUAACAAAGUCAGACGUUCUCGGACACAUUUAUACAAUGGUUGGAAAAGAUUACGCGCAUCCAGGCAUCGCUUCUUUGUAUCGGAAGAUUGUACGCAACGGGUAUAAAAUUCUCUUCGUGACCAGUCGGGCGAUUAGUCAAAGCAACUCCACGAGAGCGUAUUUGCGAACGUUAACGCAAAACGGCGAGACGUUGCCGAUCGGGCCAGUCAUGUGCGCACCAGAUCCAAUAUCCACCGCGUUAUACCGCGAAGUUGUGGCGCGAAAACCAGAAGUGUUUAAAAUCCGAUGCCUCACUCGAGUGCGUCGCUUAUUCGACGUGGACAUCAACAAAACUCGAAUGUUUGCCGGUUUCGGCAAUCGCUCCUCCGACGCGCUCGCCUAUAAAACGUGCGGCAUAGAGCUGGAUAAAAUAUAUACCAUCGAUCCAAAAUCGCGCUUACGAAGCGAAAAAACCGGCGAAACGUUCGAAAUUCAACACUUGAUGGACAAAGUCGACCAAGCGUUCCCACGGAUUGAAGGUCGAAUUCAAAACGACAACGAGGAAGAAGAAGAAGUAGAAGUCGCCGCGCGAUGGCGAAUAACCGCAGAAGAUAAAGAACGCAAAAAAGGUGAAGAAAGUCGCGUGAAAUGUUUGUUCACGGUCGAAGAGAAGAGUCAAGCCGUGCAUUGCUCGCUCUUUAUCGAGUAA